UGUCUCUUUCGGUAUAAUAAUUUCAGGGGAUAAUUAUGAGGAAUGUAAUUUUAUUUUCAACAAUGUUUACCAAGCUUCUGAAGUUCCCAGCGGGUCUGUUUUUGUUUAUCUAUCUCAAUAGCAACCAGACCUUGCCAGCAACAAAGCGAUAUUUGUGAGCUGUAGCAUUUCCCCCCUCAUCUAUUUAACGUUAUUUAAACAAAGUUUACGUGGUUUAUGUAAUGUAACGGAAACGGAGUGGUAGUUCUAAUUAACCAGCUAACUAGCUAAUCGGCAGGUUUAGGUCCUCUGGUCAUGGCUAAAGACCCGUUGGCAGAGGCUGGUCUUCAUUUUGAUGAACUCAAUAAACUGCGAGUGCUCGAGCCUGAUGUGAGCCAGAAAACCACUGAGCUCAAAGAGGAAUGUGAGGAAUUUGUUGACAAGAUUGGUCAGUUUCAGAAAAUUGUAGGUGGCCUUAUUGAACUUGUGGAUGAGCUAGCAAAGGAAGCCGAAAAUGAAAAAAUGAAGGCUAUAGGAGCAAGAAAUUUGCUGAAAUCAGUUGAAAAGCAACGGGAGGCUCAGCAGCAACAGCUUCAGGCUCUGAUUGCAGAAAAGAAAAUGCAGUUGGAAAGGUAUCGAAUAGAAUAUGAAGCUCUUCAAAAAGUCGAAGCAGAGCAGAGUGAAUUCAUCGAUCAGUUUAUACUGCAGAAAUGAGUACGGUGUUUCCUCUUUCU